UUUAAUUAUAAUUAUCCAUAAAGUAGACGAUAUUUACAUUGUAGAAAUAUGAGACACCAAAAUUUGUCUAAGCAGACAUUAACUGCCUCAGACUUACCACCUGAUAUCCCAGCAGCAACUUUUGCAUCCGAUUUAGCUUACAUAGUAGAAAACUAUAGACCAGGAAAUCAUAAUAUACAUGACAUUCCAGAAGAAAUUCCUGUGUUUAACAAGACAACAGGUAAAUUCAAAAGGUUCAUCCAAAAGAGAACUUCGUCCUUACACAGAAAGAGAGUAACAAGUAUGCCUAUUAUUCAACAACUGUAUCAAGCUCAACCUAAUCAACAACCAGACUUACCAAGAUCUUCAGUAGAAAGUACUAAGAAAGAAUUACCAUCAUUACCAUUAUUACCACCAAAGACUCCCAGUAUUAUGAUAAGUACAGAAAAGAAGAGAUCCAUUUCACUAUAUGAACCACCACAACUAUAUACCAAUGCCACUACAUCUUCAUCUCUGAUAUAUAAUAGUUCAGGGGAAGAUACUCAGUCUAUUGAAUUUAAAACUCCAUCUAAACCAAAACAUGUUGUCAUAGAUGAAGAUGACGAUGAGUCAAGUGUAUUCUCAUAUCCAGCUAGUAGUAUUUAUUCAUCGCAUUCAUCGGCUGCUUCCAGUGGAUCCAACUCUGAAAGUAUAAUUGCAAAAAGUAUUUUGGAUGUUGUUCAUGGCUAUACAACUCCAGCAAGUUCAGACAAAUCUUCCAUUUUAUCUAGUCCACUUGAUUACGAUAAUAUGAUGGUUACACCAAUACAGGACUCUGAAAUUCAUAGUAAAUAUGAAAUAGAAAGCUUUGUGGAUAGUCUAUUUUCCGAUUGGACUCUCGAAAGUAAGAAAUCAGAAUUAGAGACUCCACCAACCCCACCACCUCAUUCUGUCCAGCCAUGUAUGCCAUUGACUCCCCCAACCCCAAUAUCAGAAGCAAUGGUUGCAAAACCUCAAAAACAAUUGCCAUCAAUACCCAAGUUUGAAUCACAAUCUCAACCAACAGGAACUAACCCAUCAACAAAGUUACUGUCACCACCUUUACAAAUAUCAAAAGCAAGAAAGAGUCAAAUGCCAACCAUUACACCACAUCAUUCAAAUCAAUCUAGUAUUUCAACAAUGAAGAGUGAUCCUAAAGCUGAAAUCAAGGCUUACAUGAGGCAAAGACCAUUCAGUUAUAGUUUAGAUGGUCCUAAACAAUAUAAAUUAUCACGUUUCCCAUCCCUUGCAGGUCAAAAGAAACACCAUCGAUUACCUUCUACUCCAGUUGCCUUACCAAAAUAUGGUGGAGAUUUCUAUCCUAGACGAGUAGUUAGUGACCAGAUAGCCACUAAGGCAAACAUAUCAACCGCAAGUAAGAAAGGUCAACCAAGGAAUAUACUGGAGUAUAAUAAUAUUAACAAUAUUAAUAAGCAUGAAGUCAUUAAGAAUCAUAUUCAAGAUUUCUUAGUGAAAGAGAAGAAACGGGAUUUAAGUAAGGGAAAGAAUUUACCACAAGCUCCAGGUGAAAGGCAAAAUAGAUUCGGGGUAAGAGAAUCAUAUUAUGGAUGAGAGUAUUGGUUAUACAUGUAUUAUAAAGUAGAUUAUGGCGUAAAUAGAGAUAUAUAGGGGAAAACAUAAAAUCAUUAU